AUUCUGGAAAGGCCGCUGCGCCCUAGAAAGGCGCCGUGCGGAGCCAGCUACGCUGCCUCCGUAGCGGAUUGCGCUUAUUCGCUACCGAAACUUACGGCGGCGCGCGUCGGGCGGCGCGGCCGGGGGGACGUGGCGGCGGGCCUGACCGCGAGGCCGGGAGGGCGCCGGCAGCCCAGCCGAAAGCAGCCCCGGACGAUUGUGGCCUGUUUUGAAGAUGGUGAUCCCUGACCCCUUUUCGGCAGCUGGCAGGCUUUGAGAAGUCACCAUAUAAGCCUCACCCACCCUCAGCCUUGGCACCAAGACCCCACCAUGUGGCGCCAGGCCAUGUGUGUGGCCUUGCUGGCCGUGGCUACCGGCUAUGUCUUCUGGCUGGACCCUGCUCUGCCAGACCUCUUGUGGGAGUCUCUCUCGGGUUCAUUCCUGUACCAACUCGGGGAGGAUCCUGGGUCCCCAGAGGGCAGCAUGGCAGCAGCAUGGGAUGCCCUCAUCACCCGGCCAGCUAAGCAGUGGAACAAAGUUGCUGUGGGGGUCAACGCCUGCGUAGAUGUGGUCCUGUCUGGGGUGAAGCUGCUGCAGGCCCUUGGCUUCCACGGCGAGGAUGGCAAAGACCACCCCAUCUUGCAUUCCCCUGCGGCUUUGGAAGAAGCCUUUGUCCACUUUAUGGGGAAGGGAGCUGCGGCAGAACGGUUCUUUAGUGACGCGGAUGCCUUCCACCACAUCGCGCAGACGGCUUCUGAUUUUCCUGGUGCGCAGUUAUAUGUUGGAGGAAAUGCUGCUCUUAUUGGCCAGAAAAUUGCGUCUCAUCCUGACCUGAAGGUUCUGCUUUGUGGCCCAAUUGGCCCUAAACUCCAUGAGUUGCUUGACGAGAAUGUAAUGGUCCCUCCAGAGUCUCUGCAAGAAUUAGAUGAAUAUCAUCUUAUUUUGGAAUACCAGGCAGGUGAAGAAUGGGGAGAGCUGAGAGCCCCCAACGCCAAUCGAUUCAUCUUCUCCCAUGACCUGUCUAACGGGGCCAUGAACAUGCUAGAAGUAUUUGUGUCCAGCCUGGAGGAAUUUCGGCCAGACCUGGUGGUGCUUUCAGGGUUCCAUAUGAUGGAAGGACAGGCCAGAGAGCUACGUCAGAAGAGACUCCUGCAGGCUGUAACUUCCAUUUCUGACAUACCCAUGGAUGUCCCGAUCCAUCUGGAAUUAGCCGGUAUGACUGACCCAGAUCUCAUGAGGGAAAUAAUUCACCAGCAGAUCUUCCUUCUUGUGAACUCCAUCGGCUUGAAUGAACAGGAGCUGCUCUUCCUUACCCAGGCAGCCUUGGGGCCUCAUGCCUCAUUAGCUUCCUGGGAUGGCGUUCCAGAUGUGGGUGUGGUCAGUGACAUCAUUUUCUGGAUCUUGAAAGAACACGGGAGGACUUCAGCAAAGGCUUCAGGUCUCACCCGGAUCCACUUUCAUACUUUGGCCUAUCACCUCCUGGCUACCGUGGAUGGGUAUUGGGCCAACCAGGUGGCAGCGGUGGCUGCCGGAGCACGGGUGGCAGGGACGCAAGCUUGUGCCACCCAGACCAUUGAUGUUAGCAAAGUCUUCCUGAAAGCACCCCUGGAGUUCGCCACUUCCAAAAUGGAGGGGGCCCCAAGAGUCUCCUUAAAUCCGAAGGAGCCUGUAUCGGAAUGGCACAGGAAUGGCAUCACUUUCCAUUACACUCCUGUGCUGGUGUGUAAAAGUCCUCUGCGGACUGUUGGCCUCGGGGACGCCAUUUCUGCCGAAGGACUCCUUUAUUCAGAAAUCCAUCCUCAUUAACCACUGAAUUAAAAGAUCACUCCAAAAUUUAUACCGAGCAGAUACAGACUGGAAGUUAGGAUUUGCUCAAGAACCAAAGGGGUGGGGGUGGGGGAAGGGUGCUAUACAAAAGCUGGAUUAUUGCCACAGGAAUGUUUAUAGCACAAUGUAAGGAAUGAGUUGUUCAUCAGAGGGGAAGCCUUUUGGUCAGAGCAAGAAAGCAACGUGGCCUGUGUUUUAAUUAAGUCAAUUGAAUUUGCUGUAAUUUCUAAAGGGGCAUUGUAAGAGGAGGUGGUGGUGCCUGAUUAUCCCAGGUAGGAUAUAUGGAUCCUUGUCAUAGUCAUACCAGCCAGGCAGAAGUAAAAAAAAUCAUCUUCACAUUCUUAGCAGGCAAGACCCAACCUUCUACUUGUUCUGUGGUGGGAUGACCAGUGUAUUCAUCCUUCAGCUUUCCUACUUCCAAAGGUUCACCAGCCUAUAAACAGGAGUCAGGGAAAGGGUUCUCCUCUCAGGCUCACGAAGUUACCAAGGCUGCUGUCAGAAUAUCAAGAGUAUUUCCUUGGCUGUAUAAUGCUAAUUUUUUCUUCCUUUUUCUUUCGUUGUUGCUACUUUCAAAGGCAUUUUACUUCUCUUUUAUCGGCAGGGUGAUUCUUAAAUGUGAGGCAGUUUAUUUUAUCUCCUAACAAAAAAUGUAAUGCGUAUGCAAAGGCUGGGGGCUAGUACUAGAAAGGAGGGUGUACAGUACAGUGGCUGCUGUCUUCUUAGCAUAACGCAGGACAAGUUGCAAUAAAUCUGUGCAAAAUGCCGAAGUAUCUCUUGCUUAAGCCUUAACGUGGCUCCUAAUAAACCACCAUAAACAACA